GUAGAUAUCACAGAUAUGCCAGGAAGGAGGAGACAUCCGGGGAAUAAGGACGCUGAGCAAGAGGAUGCCACACAGGGGAAGCUCCCUCGGGGCUUCUCGGAAGAAGGCGGCGAUGAAGUGAACACCAUCAGCAUUUCUGAGGCCCUGACUCUGCUGCGUGAGAAGCUCGAUGAUCCUGAUAGGCCGAGCGGAGCAGCAGCCAAGGAUGGAGCGAACCCGGUGCUGCAGAAGACGAUGGAGUAUCUGGACACUUUUAGUCGGUACAAGGAUUUGGACACGGUUAGGCAGCUGAGGACGCUCCUGAUCGAGAACUCAGAAGCAAAUGCGUACGACGAAGAGGGAAACGAGACGGACAGUCUCGGCCUCACAGGCUUCGAACGGGCGCAGCUGGCGAAUCUGGCUGUCGAAACGGUAGAAGAGGCCAAGAACUUGAUCCCUACACUCGAGCCGCGAGACGACCAGAAGUUGCAGCAGCUCAUCGAUGAGCUGUCUACUUUGCGAAAGUUCCAAGCCUAGACUCAUUACACAAGUGGGGAGGAAACCCACCUAGAAGAGCUAGCUGCCCAAGCGAUGUGCCCAGUCUCCUUACACGCUCCUUACCUUGUCCCUCCCUCUCUAACUCUCCUCUGUACUUCUAUCUCGUCAAUUGAUCAAAUUCAAAGUCUCUCAUACGCCUUAUUGAGACUCAGACUGAUCACACAACUCUACUUCUUUUGCAAUUUGAUACUACUGAA